ACAGGUGCUACAGAUGGCAUCGGAAGGGCAUUCGCGGAGGAGCUCUGCGAAGAGGGCUUCAAUGUGGUCAUACAUGGUCGCAAUGGAGCCAAGCUGACCAAAGAGCGGAAGAAGCUACUCGAUCGCUGGCCGGACCGCCAAAUCAGGACUCUUCAAUUGGACGCCGCUGAAGAUGUCAACAACUCCAGCAAGAUGGAAGAAGCAGCCUCUUCGCUCAAGGACAUCAACCUCAAGAUCAUCGUGAACAAUGUCGGUGGUGCUGGAGGUCGAGCCUCGUUUACGGCACUCUCUGAACGAACUGCCGAAGAAUGCGAGUACAUCACCAACAUGAAUCUCCGCUUUCCAACCGAAAUCACCAGGCUUUUGGUGCCGCAACUGAAGAAGCAGAACUCGGGUCUCAUCAUCAAUGUCGGGAGCGCAUCCAGCGAGUUUGGACUGCCCUACUUGACUAUCUACUCCGGCUGCAAAGCCUACAACAAAAGCUGGUCACGAAGUCUUUCCAGCGAGAUGAUCGCCGAAGGGGUGGACGUUGAGGUUCUCUGUGUUAUCGUCGGUGCAGUGGCCACCGACAACGUGCAGAGAGAAAAGUCAUUGUUCGUCCCGGAUGCAAAUCAGAUUGCGAGGUGUAGUCUGAACUUGACCGGAAGUGGUAGCGUCGUGGAGUUUGCGUAUUGGGGCCAUGCACUGCAGGCUGCGUUGGUGGCGAGUAUGCCCGAGUGGAUGACCACGAAGAUAAUGGUGCAGAGGGGCAAGCAGGAGAAGAUUGAUGAGGACCUGCGAAUGAAGAAGGCGUGA